AUCCAGUGAAAGGUGCCCUUCAAGGAAGAGAGAGACGUGGACACCAAGACCCAUGCAGAAAGAAGGUGCUGUCACCACAGAGCUGGAGGACUGAGUGGUACUGCUCCAAGGUGAUACGACUUGAGGAUUGGCAGCCACCACGGAAAAUUCUGGAAAGGAGAAUGAGAAUGGAGAGAAGAUGUCAAAGACAGUUUGGAAACUGGAAACCAGAAGGCUCUUGGUGACGUACUGAAAAAGGAGAGAUCAAAAGCCAGGUACCUCCAGGGAAGCCCCACCAUGAGGCGAGGUGGAUGGAGGAAGCGAGCUGAAAAUGAUGGCUGGGAAAAAUGGGGUGGGUAUAUGGCUGCCAAGGUUCAGAAGUUGGAGGAACAAUUCCGAUCGGAUACUGCUCUGCAGAAGGAUGGGGCUUCCUCUUCGAUUUUUAGUGGAGUGGCCAUCUAUGUUAAUGGAUAUACAGACCCUUCUGCUGAGGAAUUGAGAAAUCUAAUGAUGUUGCAUGGAGGUCAAUACCAUGUGUAUUAUUCCAGAUCCAAAACAACACACAUUAUUGCCACAAAUCUUCCUAAUGCAAAAAUUAAAGAAUUAAAAGGGGAGAAAGUAAUCCGACCAGAAUGGAUUGUGGAAAGCAUUAAAGCUGGACGCCUGCUGUCCUGCCUUCCGUAUCAGCUAUACAGCAGGCAGUCCUCUGUGCAGAAAAGUCUCAACUUCAGUGCUGUGUGCAAACCCGAGGAGCCUCUGCCAGGUCCAAGUAAUACAGCCAAGCAACUCAACAACAGGGUAAAUCAUAUAAUAAAGAAGAUUGAGACAGAAAAUGAAGUAAAAGUCAAUGGACUGAACUGUUGGAAUGAAGAAGAUGCAAGUGAUGAGUUUCGCUUCCUGGACCUGGAGCAGCCGUUUCCGGGAGGGAAUCAUUGUGGAAUUCCACAUCCUGGAUGCAGCAGUGCCAUUUUUAAUGGCCACACUCCUAGCUCUAAUGGUGCCUUAAAGACACAGGAUUGCUUAGUGCCCCAGGGCAGCAGUGUGGCCAGCAGGCUUGCCCCGGACUCUGCCCAGGAGGACGCCGCUAAGAACAGCACUGCUUUCAGAGACUGCACAGCGCAGCAGUUACAGCAGAGCACCACAAGCGCAGAGGCCUUGCGGAUUCCUCACAGAACUAAUGCUUUCUCUUCAUCUUUGCACAAUAACAUUAAAAUCAAUGGUGCUCACCACUCCACUGUUCAGGGGCCUUCAAGCACAAAAAGCACUUCUUCAGUACCUCCUGUUAGCAAGGCAGCACCUUCAGUGCCGCCCAAACCUUCAGACUGCAAUUUUAUUUCAGACUUUUAUUCCCAUUCAAGACUACAUCACAUAGCAACAUGGAAGUGUGAAUUUACUGAGUUUGUCAACAUGCUGCAGAGACAAAGUAGUGGUAUCUUUCCAGGAAGGGAAAAGUUAAAAAAAAUGAAAGCAGGCAGGUCUGCCCUUGUUGUAACUGACACAGGAAAUAUGUCAGUAUUGAGUUCACCCCGACACCAGAGCUGUAUAAUGCAUGUUGAUAUGGAUUGCUUCUUUGUGUCAGUCGGUAUACGACAUAGACCAGAUCUCAAAGGAAAGCCAGUGGCUGUGACAAGUAACAGAGGCACUGGCUGGGCACCGCUGCGCCCUGGUGCCAACCCCCAGCUGGAGUGGCAGUAUUACCAGAACAGGCUCCUGACAGGCAAAGCAGCAGAUAUACCAGAUUCAUCAACAUGGGGUAAUCAAGAUUCUGCACAAAGCAAUGGAAUUCACAGUGUUUUGUCAAAGGCUGAAAUUGCAUCUUGCAGUUACGAAGCCAGACAAGUUGGUAUUAAAAACGGAAUGUUUUUUGGGUAUGCUAAACAGCUGUGUCCUAAUCUUCAAGCUGUGCCGUAUGAUUUUGAUGCGUAUAAGGAAGUUGCCAGAACAAUGUAUGAGACCUUGGCAAGUUACACUCACCACAUUGAGGCUGUCAGCUGUGAUGAAGCACUGGUCGACAUCACGGAGAUCCUCGCAGAGACCAAACUGACUCCUGAUGAAUUUGCAAAUGCUGUCCGAAUGGAGAUCAAGGAGCAGACGAAGUGUUCAGCCUCUGUCGGAAUCGGUUCUAACAUUCUCCUUGCUAGAAUGGCAACUAGAAAAGCAAAACCAGACGGACAGUACCACUUAAAACCAGAAGACGUGGAUGAUUUUAUCAGAGGUCAGCUCGUUACUAAUCUUCCAGGAGUUGGACGAUCAAUGGAAUCUAAGUUGGCAUCUUUGGGAAUUAAAACUUGUGGAGAUUUGCAAUAUAUGACCAUGGCCAAACUCCAAAAAGAAUUUGGUCCCAAAACUGGUCAGAUGCUGUAUAGGUUCUGCCGUGGUUUGGAUGACAGACCAGUUCGAACUGAAAAGGAAAGAAAAUCUGUUUCUGCUGAGAUCAACUAUGGAAUACGGUUUACACAGGCCAAAGAGGCAGAAGCUUUUCUUAUGAGUCUAUCAGAAGAAAUUCAAAGACGACUUGAAGCUGCCGGCGUGAAGGGUAAACGUCUGACUCUGAAAGUCAUGGUGCGAAAGCCGGGAGCCCCUGUAGAGACUGCAAAAUUCGGAGGCCAUGGGAUUUGUGAUACCAUUUUCAGGACUGUAACUCUUGAUCAGGCAACGGAUAGUGUGAAAAUAAUUGGAAAGGCUGCGUUAAACAUGUUUCACUCAAUGAAGCUAAAUAUAUCAGAUAUGAGAGGGGUUGGAAUGCACGUGAAUCAGUUGGUGCCAGCUAACAUGAAGCCCUCCGUGUGCCCUAGGCGCUCGUCAGGUCAGUCGAGCCACCAUCCUGGCGGGUCCCAUUCUGUCCGUGAUCUCUUUCAAGUUCAGAAAGCUAAGAAAUCCACAGAAGAGGAGCACAAGGAAGUGUUUCUGGCUGCUGUGGACCUGGAAGCACCAUCUGCCUCUAGAGCUUGUACUUUGCUGCCCUCUGUUUCUACGCAUCUGCCAGCUGCUCCCAGUCCUGACACGAGCAAGGGCGGGUCUUCAGGGAAAUGGAACGGUCUGCAUUCUUCCCUCAGUGUGCAGUCAAGACUUAACCUGAGUAUAGAGGUCCCGUCACCUUCUCAGCUUGAUCAGUCUGUUCUGGAAGCACUUCCACCUGAUCUCCGGGAACAAGUAGAGCAAGUUUAUGCUGUUCAACAAGGAGAGACCCGGGGCCCCCAAAAGAAAGAACCAGUGAAUGGCUGCACCACACCAGUCCUGCCACAAGGAGUUGGGACAGUUUUGUGGCAAAUGCCAGAAGCUCAGGAAUCAAACAGUGACACUGGAAUAAACGUAAUAGCCCUUCCAGCACUUUCACAGGUGGACCCUGAGGUGUUUGCUGCCCUUCCUACUGAGCUGCAGAAGGAGCUGAAGGCAGCCUAUGAUGAGAGACAGAAGCAGGGAGAGAAUGCUGCUUACCAGCAGCCGGCUGGCACUUCCGUGCCAAAGAACCCGUUACUUCACUUAAAGCCAGCAGCAGUUAAAGAAAAGAAAAGAAAUAAGAAGAAAAACUCUACCAGUCCCCAAAAGAAGAUCCAGAGUCCUUCAAAAACCAAGCUCAGCAGUCCUGCAAAAACUCUGUCAGGGGCCUGUGGGAGUCCCCAAAAGCUAAUUGAUGGAUUUCUAAAGCAUGAAGGCCCUGCUGAGACACCCCUGGAGGAACACGCUCUUUCUACAUCAAGAGUGCAGCCUGAGCCCUGCGGCAGUGGGAGACCUCCAGCACCCAAUCUAGCUGGAGCUGUUGAACUCAGUGAUGUGAAGAACUUGCUCAAAGAAUGGAUAACUACUAUUUCAGAUCCGAUGGAAGAAGACAUUCUCCAAGUUGUGAAAUACUGUACUGAUCUAAUAGAGGAAAAGGAUUUGGAAAAACUGGAUCUAGUUAUAAAAUACAUGAAAAGGUUGAUGCAGCAGUCGGUGGAAUCUGUUUGGAACAUGGCAUUUGACUUUAUUCUGGACAAUGUUCAGGUGGUUUUACAGCAAACUUACGGAAGCACAUUAAAGGUCACGUAACUACUGCCAGGGACCUGGUGCUCUCCGCUAGCUGUGCCAUAAGUGCUUGUGAGGUAUUUGCAAAGUGCAUGAUAGUAAUGCUCGGAGUUUUUCAGAUUUCUUUUUAAGCAAGUGUUUUUGUACAUUUCUUUUCAAAAAGUGCCAAAUUUGUCAGUAUUGCAUGUAAAUAAUUGUGUUCUUUUACUGUAGCAUAGAUUCUAUUUACAAAAACAUUUGUUUAUAAAGUUUUAUGGAUUUUUACAGUGAAUAAGUGUUUACAGUUGUUUAAUAAAGAACUGUAUGUAUAUUUUGUA